AGCGGUAGGAGAGGAUAUUCAGGUAGUUGUUUCUGUCCUGGAGGCGACGCAGCCAGUCCCUCUCCCUCGCAGGAGGAAGGAGGCUAUAGCGAACAUAAAGAGAGAGUCAAGCAGGAGCUGUUGGAACUAGUGAGGCUUGAGAAAGAGGUUGAUCACGUGAGAACGGCACUGGGUCACGUGGACACUAUUGCAACUGGUGUACAGAGAGCAGAUGUGCCGGAGAACAAAGUGUGCAGGAUCCUCCAAAUCUCUUGGAGGAGUUGGAGGAGAAACUGAUGGAACUUAUGGAUGAGAACUUUGACCCCAGCUCCCAUCCGAGUGUGCUGGAGUUGGCACGACUGCUGUCAGGGGAAGGAAAUGGAGGAGGUGUGGAGGAGGCAGAGGAAGAUGUACAGGUGAAGAAGGUCCAGCAGUCGCUGAAGUGUCCUCUGACAGGGACCUAUCUCGAAGACCCAGUCAGCAACAGUGGGUGUGGCCACACCUACUCCAGAGCUGCAGUCAUGGAGCACAUUCGCCACAGAGCUGUGCGGGCAGCAAGAUGUCCUGUGUGCAGUGGUCCUCUGACUGUGAGCUGCCUUCAACCUGAACCUCGACUGGCCAAGAAAGUGAGGAGGGCCAAAAGAAAGGAUGGACUCUGAAACAUUUUGACAGACUCUUGUCACUGUUUAUUUGAUCACUUUUUGUGUUCUCUGGUUGCCGAUUUUUAUGGGACUAUAAUUAUACCACCAACAGAACUAUAGCACAGGUUACUGUUUAACAUCUGUCUCUGUAAUGAAUGAUCCAGUGUUAAAAGAUUGUUAUAUAUUCCACCAAAUCAAAAUAAAGUGAGACAAUAAAUAAAGCCACUGGUGAAGUGAAGAAGCUACGAAGACUGGUUGGCUAGUCUAGUCAGUGCAGAGCGGAGGGCACGAUGUACAAAGUCUCUUGCUAGUUGAGUGAGUUCAUCGUCGUCAGCAACAACGUUAAUGGCAGGGACAGACACAUCAUCUUGUGGCGGUUGAGAGUGAGGAUGCUCAUCUUUCUCCUCGGCCACUGAGCUGCCAAUGGAAGGCAGAGAGCCAGUGGAACCGGUGAACUGAACUCCCUCCACAACCUGCCAGCUCUGAACACUCUCCGAGUCACUGUUGGCUCCACCCACCUCUGAGGACUGCUGGGGAAUGGGGCUGAGGCUGUUGGCACGCCGCUGCCUGUGCAGGGAGUGGUUCAGACGGUCGAGGUUCCGCAGAGUCUCCGCAUAUCUCUUCUUUGUUUUCUGCAAUUCCCUUUCCAGACCAGAGAUGUGCCUCUUCAGUUGCUAUACAAUGUGCCAACAGCACACAUCACACAGGACUGGGUGACAUGUGGUCUCACAUUCAGUUCCUGGCUCGAUCUCCACCUCUCCUCGAAGUAGGGUCGAGACUUGAUGAUGUGAGGUCUCAGUUUCCUCUCUAUUAGUCGGUACUCCUCCAGGACUGCAUUGCAGCGAUCUAGGACGCGGCGGUGCUCAGCCUCACUCUCCCUCUUCUCCUUCUCCGUCCCAACCACCUGAAUACAAACACAUCAAACAUCACUCCCAAUCACCGCUCCAACCUUUCUUGUAGCAUGGUUCAGGACUUCCAGGAGUGCAUGACUGACUGACUCAUCUACUACCUUCCCCUCUUCACUGGUCUCAGGGAGGGAAUUGGCCAACUCGCCCUCUGUCACUCGUAUCAUCUCCUUGGCUGCGGCGUACUGACUGCUGGCCUUGUCAAACAUUGCAGCUGCCCUGUUAGACUCCUCUUGAACCUGCCACAGCAAGACUCUGUCACCAGCACACUCCUCACCCCUCACUCCUCACCUGUCUCGCCUUCCUCCAUACUUCAAUGAAUGGCUGGGACUUGGGAAUACAUGAGCCUAGUCUCUUCCGUGUCUCCUCCAGUCGCAGUUUGCACUCUCCCAGCGUUUUUCUAAAUGAGGCUCUAGCGCUGCUCAACUGGAGCUCCAGGUCGUUGAUAGUGGAGCCACAGAAUGUCAGCUCGUCCAGGUGACGCU